ACUUUUUGAGUAGUUUAUACAGAGUACUUGUGCAGUUAUACAUUCCCUACGCAGCUAUGCGGUGGGCGUCUCCGUUCAGCCACACAGCAAGAGAUUUCUUGGCAUUCCAUUUUCAGAAAGUCAGUCAAGACUUUGCGGUUGUCUAAUGUCGAGCUCUUCCAGCACAAAACAUCGACAAUCUUCUCCAGGAAUACCAGGUUGGGCGUUGGACAGACAUACAGAAUCGGAUUCAACCCUUCGUCUAGCCUAAUUGAAGGAUUCCAUACGAAUCAGCCACAAGGGUACAUACAUCAUCCUUUGUACGAAAUACUCGUAAUAUAAACCAAUCAAUCAACGGCCCAAUAUGCACACUCUGAAUGCCGCCGCCUCAUCUUCCCUAUCCCUCCCCGCAGAAAACUACAUCUACACCAUCACUGCCGCAUCACCAGGAUCAACCUUCGCGGCCAUUUCCUCCGAUGACUCGCUACGCGUGUUCGAUGCAGCAAACAUACGGCGUGUCUCUGUUAUUGCGCCAACGACUCAUGCUGAUGGGGUGACUGCGUUGGAGCCGUAUGGCCAGAGGCAAGGUCAGCAGUUGUUGGUUACGGGUGGGAGAGAUGGGAAGGCGAAGGUGUGGGAUUUGAGGAGUGGGAAGGGGAAUGCGGUUGUUGAGAUGGAGACUGACAAACCUGUGUUGUCGGUGGCUUGCAACGCUGGCAUUAACACCGUGGUUGCUGGGACAGAAUUGGCUUCUCACCAGGCAACUGUUGCGUUCUGGGAUAUCAGAUCACCGGGCGUGCCUCGACUUCAGUAUGUCGAAAGCCACAAUGACGACGUCACUGAGCUUCAAUUCCACCCAACCCACAACAAUCUCUUCCUCUCCGGAAGCACAGACGGCCUCGUCAAUGUCUACGACACAACCAUUGCCGACGAAGACGACGCUCUCGUCCAAGUGAUCAACCACGGCUCCGUCCACCACGCAGGAUUCCUCAAUGAAAGGGCCAUCUACGCUCUGAGUCAUGACGAGGUUUUCUCCGUUCAUCCCGCUACGAACCCAGAUGAGCAGGCCCAGGAUCCUGAGCCGGUGCAGUUUGGGGAUGUUAGAGAGCCUCUCGGCUGCGAGUAUGUCGCGCAGCUGUGUAUGGGUAAUCAGGGACAGCCGCAUCUUGCGGUUGGUAAUAAGGCUGAGAACCGACUUGAUCUAGUUCCCCUCACCUCUGAUCCAUGGCAUUUCGACCAGAACAACCUCUGGCGUCUCCCAGGCGCGCAUGGCGAGGAGGUCGUCCGUUCUGUAUAUUUGGACGAGCAGACGCAAACCGUCUUCACAGGCGGCGAAGACGGCCUCGUACGCGCUUGGAAGCCCACUGAUGGUCAGGAAGCGCAGGGUUCUGGUUCCUCGAUCAAGCCGUCGCGACCUAAGGAGAAGGCUAAGACGAAGGAUAGGUUUAAGCCAUAUUAAAGUAGGAUUCGAUUGUAUGGUUUACUUGUGUAUAAAGUAGUUGGUACUGGGUGUAUAUGACUCAAAAUAUAUCAUGACUUUCGUUUGCCCAGAAAAACAAACCGUACGUAUUUCUCUUUACGCGGCCACCGCAGAAUCAAUAAUGGAUAUAACGUACAAACAAAAUAGAAACUUGAAAUAAAUAAAAAAGGAACACAAAUGUCCAAUGUUGACCAAAACCACUAAACCAAGCACCGCCAGGGGCGAAAAAAAAUAAAGACAAAAAAAAUUAGUCGCGCCCGGGAUCGAACCGGGAACCAUC